AUGAAGGUUUUGGUUGUGAGAUUAUUGAUCACAGUAUGCACACUUUUCAAUGCAUUCGUCUGCUGCUGGAGCUUUAUGCAUUCGGACCGUUCCGUAUCCAUGGAGUCCCAUAGGUUGGGACUAUUGGAAGGAAAUGAGAGGGAUAGGGUUUCAUUGCUGGCCGUCAAAGCUCAAAUAAAGGAAGACCCUCAUCAUGUCUUGAGUUCAUGGAAUGAUUCCAUCCACUUUUGCAUGUGGCAUGGCGUUACCUGCAGCAAAAGGCAUCAUCAAAGGGUCACUGUGCUCAACUUAGAGUCCCAAAACUUGGUGGGCUCCAUAUCCCCACACAUUGGAAACCUAAGCUUCCUAAGGGAACUUAGCCUCGGAGGCAACAGCUUUCGCCAACAAAUCCCUGCUGAAAUUGGGCGUUUGCAUAGGCUGCAAGUAUUAGGUCUAUUCAACAACUCACUCAGUGGCCCUAUCCCUACCAACAUUUCCAAUUGCUUCAAUCUCAACGCUUUUCAUUUUGGUGGCAACAGCUUAGUGGGUACAAUUCCUUCACAGCUGGGCGCCUUGUCCAAGCUUCGAAUAUUUAUUUUGGAGUCUAAUAAUUUAACAGGAGAGAUCCCUCCUUCCUUGGGAAACCUUUCGUCUCUUGAGAAGCUUGGUGCAAAAAACAAUAGCUUGUUGGGAAGCAUACCUAGUUCUUUUGGCAGAUUGAAACAUUUAACGACUUUGGUAUUGGAUAAGAAUAGAUUGUCUGGCACCAUCCCUCCCUCCAUCUUUAACCUCUCUGCUCUUACUUACUUUGCUGUCUCAAUAAACCAAAUUCGAGGGAGUCUUCCCUCAGACUUGGGAAUAACUCUUCCUAAUCUCCAAGACUUUAGAUGUUUUACGAACCGAUUUACCGGACCAAUUCCUCUGUCAAUAUCCAAUGCCACAAAUUUAGUCAUUUUUCUUGUUGGAGAUAACAAAUUAUCUGGGCAAGUGCCGAGUUUGCGAAACCUUCAUAAGCUUCAAUACUUUGACCUUGACCAAAAUUAUCUUGGAAGUGGCACUUAA